GUUAUUUAUAUUUUGUAAAAUUUAUGUGCUCAAGAAAUGGUUUUGAUUUUUAAAUAUUUAUCAUAUAUUGUAAAUAUUAUUUUAAAAAUAUUAAAUUUCAAAAUUUGAAAAAAUAUAAUUUUAGUUUUAAAAAUAUAACUAUAAUUUUCAUUAUUUUUUCGUUUUUUUUAAGUUGCAAAUUAAUAAUAAAUUGUUAUUCGAGAUAACCAUUGAUUCUAAAAUAAGUAUAAAUAAUAUACAUAAUAAUAUCUUUUUAGAUUUUUAAAAAUAUUUUAUUAAAAUAAAAAUAAAAUGUUUUAAUAAAUAAUAUUUUAUUUUUAAUUUUUUUAAUAAAAGCAAUUUUUUAUAAUUAAAAAAAAUAUGACAUUAUAUAUAUUUAUUUUUAUAACAUUAAUCUUAAGUAAAUAUUAUUAUAAAUUGUUAUUAUUUCGACGAAAUUCUAGUUUCUUAAAAGAUUAUUUAUAUUUUAUUUCCAGCAUAAUAUAAACAGUAUAAUGAAGUAAGAAAAAUAAUUUUUUUUCUUUAUAUCGUUUUCAUUUAUUUUAUAUUAUAAAAGAAUUUAAUUUUAUUAUUUAAAAAUGGACUUUAAUGUUUUGAAAGUUAUGCGCAUGCUAUUAAUUACUUUUUGUUUCUAGAAAUAUUUGAUAGAAUUGAUGUCAUUUUAAUAAAACGAGUAUUUCAAUCUUAUUAUUAUGAAACUGAAAUUAUAUAUAAAAAAAAUAUUUAUAAUUGUAUAAUGUUUAAAUUGUAUAAAAAAUAAACAAAAAAUAUUUUUUUUAAAGAGGGUUAGAAAUAAAAUAUUUUCUAUUAAGAAUAAACUAUUCAUUUUUAUUUUUUUUUCGUUACAUUUUUUAAACGUUGAAUGUCAAAUUAAUUUUUUAUUUUAAUUCUAUUAUUUUUCUAUUUUAAGUAAAAAUGGGUACAAAAAUAUUAAAUGAUAUUCAUAAUGACAUAAAACAAUUAAUAACAGCAAUUACAUCUUAUGAGGAAAAUGAAGAAGGAUUUCAAAUUUGUGAACGUUUUUGUAUGACAAAUAUUAAACAUCAUCGAUAUCUAUCUGUUGACAGCAAUAGUACAAAAGAAGCUAUUAAAGCUUUAAUUAAGAAAUUUUCUAUUCAUGGAAAAUAUGAUGUAGCAAAAAAAUUUGAGGAACUUGUUGAUACAUUUGUAUUAAGUUUUAAUUUUGAACAGCAUCCACAAUAUGAUUUACAAUGGCAUCUAUUAACUUUACUAUUGGAAUUAGCUAAUGAAACAUAUAAAUCUGAUUUAGAAACUUUAAAAUUAACACGUGGAGAAUGUACUUUCAAUAUAACAGGUGAAAAUGAAAGUGAAAUUACAGAGGAAAUUGAUUGGAUUGAAUAUUUAAAAGAGGGACAAGAAAAUUUUUUCAAUGAUUAUAAAAGUGAUACAGAUAGUGAAUGGUCUAAUGAUACAGAAGACAAUGUAGAUAUACACUCAAAUUUUGAAGUACCUAUAAAUAUUACAGAUUCAAAUAAAGCAAUAUGCAUACCAUCUGUUGAAAAAGAAUUAAAUAAAUUAUCUUUAGCUUUGAAUGAAGAACUUAACUCUAAAAAUUGGCUGUUGUUAAAUGUUCAAAAUAGUUGGUGGAAUGAAUUAGAAUGGAGAAAAUAUCCAGUUAAGAGCAAUUUUUUUGAUGCUCAUUUUUGUGAAAUUUGGUAUAAAGCAAGUGGGAGAAAUUUUUAUACAUUAGGAACCCUUAGUGAAUAUGUAGUAUGUAGAGAAUUGUUAUGGAUGUUUUAUACUCCAUCACAAAUGGUAGUGUUUCAACAAAAUGAAGAAACAAAAGAAUUUUUUAUUCGUCCUAAUAUAUCAAUUCCUAGUUUAACUAUUGUUGCAUUUAAUAGUAUUCUUUUACCAUUUUGUAAGUAUUUUUCAAUGAUAUAUGAUAUAGAACAAUUUGGAAUUAGAUUGUAUUCAAAACAGGAUGAUUUUUGUAAAAAACCACCUUUAACAUAUGAGACAUAUAAUGCUAUUUUGAGACAACAUUUAAUACAAUUUAAAAAUGAAAUAAUUAAUAUAGAAAAAACUCUUAUGAAACAAGAUAGUAAUUUUACAUUUUUGUCUUUAUCAUCAAUUUUAAAAAAAAAUUUAUAUAAUAUAAAAAUUUUAUAUGAAGUUCAUAAAAAAUCUAUAUCUAAUUGGAUACUUCAUCCAAAUUGGAAGUGUGCAUCUAAAUUAUUAUCAUCUUUGUAUUUUGAAAUACAAAAUUCACACAAUCGAGAAAAAACUAAUAUUUGUAUUAGUUUAUAUUUAGCUAGUUUUACUGUUUAUUUAAAUAUAAUCGAUACAUGGUUAAGUGAAGGUCGAUUUGAAGAUUGGAGAGAAGAGUUUAUAAUUGCAAGGUUAUCAAAUAGUGCAAUUUCAGAAAAUAGCACACAAUAUGAAACAUUUUCUUUAAGAUCUUUGGAUAAUAUAUGUUUAAUGGAUCCAAUUAUGCAAUUUUUAAUAAAAAAAGUACGAUAUAUAGGACAAAGUAUUGAAUUAUUAGUAUCUUUGGAUCGAAUUACAGAUAUAUGGAAAAUUAAUAUAAAAGAAAAUGAAUUAAAAAAAUCAUUGGUUGAUGAAUUUUAUAUUAAAUUAGAAACAGAAAUUUCUAAAUAUAGUACAAAUGAACAAGAAAAGGAAGAAAUAUUUUCAUCUCAACAAGAAGAAGUUACAAAAAAUAAAUAUGAUGAAGAUGUUGAAAGAAAUAUUACAAAACAAUUAACUGAAUUUAAUAAUCCAUUUUUAUUAAAAGCUUUUGAAGAUUAUCUUCCUCCUGAAUUAUUAAAAAGAAAUAAUUCUGAUGAUAUUAAUAUUCCCAAAAUUCAAAAUAUCAAAAUAGAAACUAAUAUCUUCAAAAGACUUGAAAAAGUAUCAAAUUAUAUAUUACCAUUCAGAAAAAUAUUAGAAAAUAUUUUAGCAGAUAUAUUAAUUUCGAGAUAUAAUGGUGCUAGCAAAUUAGUCAAAAAUAUUAUGUCUGAAGAAUAUAAAUUAGAAUUACAUUUAAUGUUAAUGAGAUCUGUUUAUAUGAUGGAAGCAGGCCAUAUUAUGAACAAAUUUUAUCAAAGAUUGUUUCAUGAGAUUGAAAAUAAUCAAAUGUGGAAUAAUUCAUACUUUUUAUCAUGCAUAUUGGAAGAAAUUCUUUCUCAAUGGUGGUCAGAUUUAAGUUCACGUUGGUCUAUUACAGUUUCUAACAUUCAUACAAAUCAAGUAUUAAUAGCUGUUGAUAAUAUAACAUUACAUUAUGCAAUAGGCUGGCCGAUUAAUAUCGUAUUAAAUGAAGAAACUUUUAUAAAAUAUAACGAAAUAUUUAGAUUUCAAUUGAAGUUAAAAUGGGCUUUAUGGACGCUAAAUAAUUUAAGAUUUAGUGAUUUAGAAGGUACAAAAUUAAUGUGUAAGAGGAAUAAAUUGGAACAGUUUCAUAUAAGGCGCAUUGAAAGUUUACGAUUCUGCUUGUUACAUGCAAUUACUUCAGUACAUACUUAUUUAUCUGGUCAAGUAUUACAAAAUUUAAGUCUUAUGUUAGAAAAAUCUUUAACACAAGCUGAAAGUUUAGAUACAAUUAUAUCAGUUCAUAAUGAAUAUUUAAACAAAGUUCAUGAGCAUUGUUUAUUAACUGCUGAAUAUGAAGAUUUAAUGGCAACAAUAACUAAUUUAAUUGAAAUGUGUAAUCAUAUUAGAGCACGAUGGAAUUAUAAAAAGUUAACAUUUGCUAGUGAAGAAUUAGAUGUAUUAGAAAACAGUUAUAACAAAUAUCAUACAUAUCUUGCUUUAGCCUUACAUAAUGCAGUUCAGAAUAAGGAUGCAAAUUAUUACGAAUUGAUGCUGCAAUAUCAAAUUAAUACAAAAGAUAUUUACAUAGAAAAUAAUGUUACCAUGUAUCCAUUGAAUAAUCUCAGUCGUAGUUUGUUAAUUGAAAUAGCUUAUCAAUACUUACCACCAUCAGGUUUGCCUAUUCCUAUUCCAAAGAUUAUACACAAAUUAGAUUGGUAUAGCAGCAGUUUAAAUUCUGAAAAAUCUUUACCAAAUGACAUUAUUCUAAAUGAAUAUGAACAAACAUUUUCAUAUAUACGAUGGUAUCAAUUAGAAGAAAGUGUUGUUACAAUCAAUUUAUCUCCAUAUAUAUUACAUCGUGAAAUGCAAGAUUUUAUUAAUGAUGAAAAAUCAGAAAUAAAUUAUUAAUAAAUUACUUAUAAUAAAAAUAAAUUAUAAUGAAAUUUAAUAAAAAAUGAAUUACAAAAAUAUAUUGAUAGACAUAAAAAAUAGAUAUUUAUAAAGAAAUACUACUUUUGUAUUAUUUCACAGAGGAAUUGAAAAAUAAUGAAAUGUUAUAACAAUAAUAAAUAUGUGAAUUAUUAUUUUCGUA